AUGCUCAACAAAAUCACUGCCUUCAUUCACCAGCACAUAAACUGGAUCGGCGUCGACUUCCUCGAUCCUUCGACAGCCUUCGAAAAGACCUUCUCACCGACAGAAGGGAAACGAGGCGUCCGUGUGCUCGACUAUGCCUGCGGCCCAGGCACAAUCACACAUGCACUUGGCGCCCGCGCAACCGAGUACGUUGGCAUUGACCUCAGCGAGAACAUGGUGAAAGCAUAUAAUCUCCGCUUCGGGCCAAAUCCCGAAGCAUUGUCGUCGUCCGCGGACGAACUCCCUCGUGGAGAUGAUGAGAUUUUAAACGCGCAUGCUGUGGUCGGCAACCUCCUCGAUGCAAAAGAACCCUCACCCAAAGGUCUCGCGCCGCCAGAGUAUUUCAACUUCGACCUCGUUGUCGUAGGCCUGGGAUUUCACCAUUUUCCAGAUAUUGCUCUCGCGACGUCGCGGCUUGUUGAACGCUUGACGACAGGUGGCGUGUUUCUCAUCCUGGACUUUGUGACGCAUGCGAUGGACGAGCAGUCAUCUUCAGGCCAGCAACCGGCUAGGCAUACCGUCGCGCAUAUGGGGUUCAGCGAGGAGGAGCUGAAGAAGUACUUCCAAGACGCUGGCUUGACGGACUUUGACAUCGUGAGGAUGGACGACGAGGUUCUGCUCAGAGGCGAGUCGAGGAGGCGGCCGUUCCUGGCGAAGGGAAGGAAGGCGUAG